CGCGCUUGGCCCCGGCGCGGAGAGGCCGGCGGGGAGCCGGGGAUGAAGAGGCGGCGGGCGCCCUCCGCCCGCUGCUCCCGCUGCUCCCGCUCCGUCCGCUCCCCGGCCGGGAGCCGCGGGGCCGCGCAGGCCGCACCGGGGCGGCGGGGAUGGGGCCAGCGGGGCUGCCUGACAGACGGACAAAGAGCUGACGGACGGACGGACGGACAGCGCGUCCCGCCGGCCCCGUCCUGCCGGGCCGUAUCCUCCCGCUGCCCUCCUCUCCAUUGUUCCCGGUGUAAGAUAGGUGAAGCGUGCCGACCUGCGAACAGUCAUUUCGUUUGGUUUUAUUUCUGCAUAACCUUCUCAGAGUCUCCUCUCAGCUGCUCGGAGGAAGCUUUUGCACGGCACCUCUUUUCCCCAGCGCCGGGAGCUGCUAACAAGUGCCAGGCUGGAAGUGGCUUGGGAGAGCAGGGGGGACCAGUAGGAGUUGAAGAGAAAUUAGUUGGGCUUCAAACACUUUCACUCAUCAACAUCAUUCCUCCCCCGAUUCCUGCCAAACCUCAGCUGGGGUAAUUGCACUUAAGAAUGAACAUUGAAGACAAGCUGGGAGGAUUAUUUCUUAAAUGUGGUGGCAUAGACCAGAUGCAGUCAUCCAGGGCUAUGGUAGGGAUGGGUGCAGUAUCUGACCAGUCUGGAGUAUCGAGAGAACGGCAAGAGGCAGUGCUUCAAGAUCGGACUAUGCCGCACCAAGAAAUUCUUGCAACAGAUGAAGUGUUACAGGAAAGUGAACUUCGACAGCAAGAGAUGAUUUCACAUGAUGAACUCAUGGUCCAUGAGGAGACGGUAAAAAAUGAUGAUGAAAUGGAUGCACAAGAUAGACUUCCUCAAGGGCUGCAGUAUGCUGUUAAUGUCCCUAUCAGUGUAAAGCAAGAAAUUACCUUUACUGAUGCAUCUGAACAACAGAAACGAGACAAAAAACAAAUACGAGAGCCAGUAGAUUUGCAGAAAAAGAAGAAAAGAAAACAGCGUUCACCAGCAAAAAUCCUUACAAUAAAUGAGGAUGGAUCACUUGGUCUGAAAACCCACAAAUCUCAUGUUUGUGAGCAUUGCAAUGCUGCCUUUAGAACCAACUACCAUUUACAGAGACAUGUCUUCAUUCAUACAGGUGAAAAACCAUUUCAGUGCAGUCAGUGCGACAUGCGUUUCAUACAGAAGUACCUGCUACAGAGGCAUGAGAAGAUUCAUACUGGUGAAAAGCCAUUUCGUUGUGAUGAAUGUGGUAUGAGGUUUAUUCAGAAGUAUCACAUGGAAAGGCACAAAAGAACUCACAGUGGAGAGAAGCCUUACCAGUGUGAAUAUUGUUUGCAGUAUUUCUCCAGGACCGAUCGAGUGCUGAAACACAAACGUAUGUGCCAUGAGAACCGUGAGAAGAAACCCAACAGAAGUGCCACCAAAGUUGGCUUUUUGCCAUCGGAGGAAGAUUCUGGUUUCUCUACGCCUCUGAAAGACAGCUCCUUGCCAAAGAAGAAAAGGCAGAAAACAGAGAAAACAAAAUCUGGGGAUAAGGAAAGUUCAGAUAAAUCAGAUCACAAGAAGGACAAAAAUGACUAUUUGCCUUUGUACUCUUCUAGUACUAAAGUAAAAGAUGAAUAUAUGGUGGCAGAAUAUGCUGUCGAGAUGCCACAUUCUUCAGUCGGUGGAUCGCACUUAGAGGAAGCCAAUUCUGGAGAAAUACACCCACCGAAGCUCGUUCUCAAAAAGGUCAACAAGAGGAGUCUGAAGCAGCCACUUGAGCAAAGUCAAACCAUUUCACCUUUAUCUACGUAUGAAGACAGCAAGGUUUCGAAGUAUGCCUUCGAUCUUGUGGAUAAGCAAAGUUUACUGGACUCUGAAGGUAAUGCUGACAUUGAUCAAGUCGACACAUUACAGGAAGGGCCCAGUAAACCUGUACACAGCAGCACUAAUUAUGAUGAUGCAAUGCAGUUUCUGAAGAAAAAGAGGUAUCUACAAGCAGCUAGUAACAACAGUCGAGAAUAUGCCUUGAAUGUAAGUACCAUAGCAUCUCAACCUUCAGUAACGCAGGCAGCUGUGGCCAGUGUCAUUGAUGAAACUGCUACAGCCUCAAUACUAGACACACAGGCACUGAAUGUUGAAAUUAAAGGUAACCAUGACAAAAAUGUCAUUCCAGAUGAGGUACUGCAAACUCUUUUAGAUCAUUAUUCUCACAAGGCUAAUGGACAGCAUGAGAUCUCUUUCAGUGUGGCUGACACAGAAGUGACCUCUAGUAUAUCCAUCAAUUCCGCUGAAGUAUCUGAGGUGACCCCAUCUGAGACGGUUGGAACAAGCUCUCAAGCUUCCUCAUCAGAUAAAGCUAGUAUGUUACAAGAAUAUUCAAAGUUUUUACAGCAAGCUUUGGACAGAACUAGCCAAAAUGAUGCCUAUUUGAACAACCCGAGCCUUAAUUUUGUGACUGAUAACCAGACACUUACAACCCAGCCAGCAUUUCCUUCCAUGGAGAAGGUCUACACCUCUAUACCCGUCAAUAGCUUUCGGUCGGGAAUGAACUCUCCAUUAAGAACAACUCCAGACAAGUCUCACUUUGGACUAAUGGUUGGUGAUUCUCAGCACCCUUUUCCCUUUUCAGGUGAUGAGGCAAAUCAUUCUUCUUCCUCCUCUACACAGGACUUCUUGGAUCAAGUAACUUCUCAGAAGAAAGCAGAGGCACAGUCUGUUCAUCAAGCAUAUCAAAUUAGCUCCUUUGAGCAGCCCUUUAGAGCUCAGUACCAUGGGGCAAGAGCUGGAAUAUCCUCUCAGUUUAGCACUGCCAAUGGACAGGUGAACCUUCGGGGACCAGGGACAAGUGCUGAUUUCCCAGAAUUUCCCUUGGUGAAUGUAAAUGAUAGCAGAGCUGGGAUGACUUCUUCACCUGAUGCCACAACGGGCCAGACUUUUGGCUAAGAAAUCUUUGUAAAUAAUACUGGCACUUUAGAACACAUUUGUCAAAAGGGGGUUGCUCUGUAUAAGAUGGAGUUCUGUACAGCUUUUAAGAGCGCUAUGUUAAAACAGAAGUAAGCUGAUAUUAGCAAGACCAAUAACUGCUUCUUUUUUCUUUCAUUUUUCUUUUUUAAAAAAAUUUUUUCGUUAGCCAUCAUCAUUGAACUGCCUGAUGUUGGUGCCCCUAUCAAAGGCAGUUUAUUAUUCAUUUGUUUGAAUCCAGAAAAUAUUUUACCUUCUAUGAAAUUUUAAAAUAAACAAAAUCCCCAGGUAAGACUUUCCCCCAUGAUUGUUUCCUUGCUGGUUUCCUUGUAUGCUUUGGGAGGAGUUUUUUGUCUGAUACUAUUCACAUUGUCAUUUCUAAGCUUGUCAGCAUAGUUGUUGCUCUUCAGCAGGGAAUCAACGUGUACUAAACACACAGAAUAAACAAGAACAUUUUGGAAGUCAAACAAAUAUGCUUUAAAAGAAAGCAUUUUCUAGAAAAAUCUUCAGUCUCUCUCAAAAAUAAUUUUCGACCAUGUGCCCUUUAUUUCUGCUUUGCAUUACCUUGAGUUGUGUUUGGAGGGAAAGAAAGUGAAUUCUGAUAGACUAACUCUACUAUUUAAAAGUCUAAUUAAUUUAAAAUACUUUAAACACUUUUUUAAGCAAAAUGCCUAACUGCUAAAGCCUUUACUUCAUUCCAGAAGUAAUGUGUAUUUCUUUGUACAGCUGAAUCUAGAUGUAACUUUUUAAUGACUUUUUCAUAUGCAGAAACCAAGAUUUUGAAGUUUUAGUUAAAAUACUCUGUAGAUGACAUUCCCAAUUGCAAAAUGCUUACACAAACAGUGUAUUCCAAGAUUUAAAAGCUUAAUUGUACCUUACCCUACAUACUCAUAACGAUUAACAUAGAGCACUUAGUCAACUUUAUAGUUUUUGAUUUCUCAAAAAAUAAAACCAUUUUUAGAUGUUUAGGUUUGAUACGGUUGCAUAAUUUUCAUCUCAUACAGCAGCUCCAAUAAUUCUUUUCCAUGUACUUGAGAUUGGGUAUUUUUAGCUUCUGUAAAAACUGUUUUAAUUCUCUGUCUAGAAUUUUGACAAUUCCAAUUAUUAAAUUUAUUGAAGUAUCCCUGAAAGCUGAAGAAGUGGGCAUUCAAAUUCCCUAUUUUUUAGUGUUUGCUUAGUAAAAGUCACUACAAUUUUACCAACCCAAACUGGUGAAUGAUGCUAGUGAACAGGAUUUCUUUUUCCAGCCUAGGAGAGUGAUCAGAAGUUUUCAUUGCAUUUCACAGUAUAAAUAAACUGCAAAGUUUAUCCCUGUACCAUGAAUAUGUUUUUUUGAAUAGUACUUUGUCUUGAAGUAUACAGUAUGGUACGAUAAGUAGUUCUGUGUGCAUUUUUAAGGUGGUAAGAUUUGAGUAGCCUAACUAUUGUGUAGUUUAAGUUAACAAGUUUCAGAUUUUUGAACUGUAUGUUCAUUCUAUUGCACCUUCCCUAAAGGGACACUGUCUGGUAGUUCAAGGCAGUUUAAGCCUCGUGUAGGCUGAUUAACCAGGGAAAAACACACACACACACAUACACACAUACAUACACUUAUAGGUAGGUGUGUAUAUGGUGGUUUUAAAAUAGGAUUUCAUCCAGGUUUUUACAGCACUGUUGCUAGCUAGUGUCUCUCAGAUAAAGCCAUCAGGUAGGAGAAAAGGCUGCAUCUCAAGGGGCUAAAAUAUAUCCUGUCUUUUAAGAAAGGACUCGAGCAGGACCUAGAACAGUUCCCACCUCUUACCAAAGCAGUAGCAAUAUUUUUCUGAAUUUUUGUUACCAGGAAACUGAUCCCACUUUGUCUUUUCCCUUUUGGGAGCACUACUACAGCACUAAUGUCACUUGGUACAGUUGAGGGAGAAAGGGCAUUUGUUAUCCAUAGCCUGCUUCUUCUAUUGGCAAGAAUACAGUUUAUAUAAACUAAUUUCUUAAUACUUUUGUAUAAAAAAGCAGGCUCUUUUGAUUUGUUGACCCUGUGUGUAAUACAGUAAGGCAUUUCAGCAUGCUCUGACUUACCAGUAAUUUUGUCUGAAUAUUUGGCCACAGCUUGAAAAGAGUGGGCAUCAAGGGAGAAGAGUAAAUUCCUUAUGGAUUAUUAAUGAUACAUGUAAAGAAAUUUCUUUGAAAGAAUAUUUUUAAACUGAUUUGUGGUCUCUCUGUUUUUUUUCCUUUAUGGUCAGUUUGGUUUUUUGACUUUCCAUUGUGUGUUGCACAGAAAUAACAUAAAGGGUCUCUAUAUCCCAGGAAACCACCUCUUGUAAGGCAUACUUUGUUUUCAGUGUCCAUUUCCAUGACAUCCUAGCUUGUGGUGCCUGAAUAAUACUGUGUUGGCACUUUUGUUCCUAUGCCCCGAUGUUGCAAGGAGAUGGCAAUUGUACUAUUUGUUAAAUAUAGCAAGGAACAAAAGAAACAAACAACAAAAAAAAAGGCUGGGUUAUUACUGUGUUACUGCACUGCUGUGGGCCCAUAGGGAGGUAAGAGGAAUAAAGCCUCCUUCUCCCUAGGGGGACUGACUCAGCUUCAUUUAAAAAAAGUUGCUGCAUUGACACUCUGGCGUGAGAAUGUGAUUGAGGACUUGGAGGGAGUGGCUCUACCCUGCCACUGUCACAGUCACACUUGGGAUCACUCCGAGGGUGUGUGAGGGAGCAGGCUGCUGCACAGACUGAAGGAACCUGCUCUUCCCUGCAGCCAAACGGGGAUCACCAGAGGAACUGCUGUUUGCUACAUCACAGCUCAUUCCCCAGCCUGCUGCUGAGCCAUUCCAGCUGCACCCUGUGCCUUAGGACAGGCUGUGAAGUCCCCUAAGCCACAGGGACUGUCUCGUAGGGUUCUUCCACGUGUACAAUUAAAGCAGUGGGUAGUUGAUCUGCUGAUGCUUGAAGCUUUCUGCACUGGAGGAGUUAGCCAAAUGUACUGCUGUGAUUUCCUGAGUCCAUCCCCUUUUGUCCUGGAAUAAGUGUUUAUGUAGCUCUGGGAGGUUUAGCUCUGUGAAAAGCUCUUGCUUGUUUAAUAAUGGCAUUAUUUAAUAACGUUUUUCACUGCUCACAUUUUGCUGCUUUUAAUCUGCUGCAGAUGCACACUCUUCAUGUUGAUCUGGUCAUUCUUGUUAGUUUUCUGUGUACGUGUGGAAAAAAGCAGCUUUGGUUGUCUGUUCUGUUCUUGUGCUGUCAGCAUAAGGCUGGGGUGAGCAUGGAGAUUGCCCUGAGCUAACAGCAGCCAUUCCUACCAAAAGGUCAUGAGAGCACCAGAUAUGUGUGUGUGUGUUAGGUGGAAUUUUUGGGGAUAUCUACUAGUGAUAGCGCAAUGAUCAUUUUGAAAAAGAAGAAAUUGAUGACAUUUAUCACCAAGCUCUCUCUCUUUCUCUACAUAUAUAUAUAUAUAUACAAAAUACAUAUAUAUAUAUGUGUAUAUACACAUGCACUUAUUAAUAGGCCAUAUUUUGGUCCUAAAUUACUUGACAGUGUCCCUUUUAGCAUGAAUCUUUUGAUAUGUUUUGCCAUUAAUAUGACAGACAAUGAAGGAAUCAGCUUGUAAUGGUAUACUAAUAGGCAUUUACAUUUUCUUCAUUUGAUUUGAGAAUGAAUUAAUCAUAAAUGACAAGUUUUGGGGAGAAGGAUUAACCAUGUGUAUUACUGUAUGUUGGUUUACGAAUAACAACAUAAACAAUUUAAAUUGGAUGAUAAAAGAACCAUGUUUAUGAUCUUGUGUCUCCUAGUGUUGUCUUUAGGAAAAUUGUGUUUCAAGAAAAAAAUAGGACAAGAAAGUAUUCAUGUGAAAUAACACUUGUAUUAUUUUUAUAUUGUACUUGUUGGGUUUUUUGGAUGAUGGGAGCUUUUCAUUGUUAAUUGAGAAGUACAGUAAAAUCUUGUUAAUUUGCUGACCUCUAAACAGAGCAUCUGACAGGUUUCUACAUCCCUCAUGGUCCUUUCCCACCUCUCUGCAAGGGUCUAAAAAGUACUGUAGCAAGGUCUCACACAAUAAUACUGUACUACUUCACCCAAGUAUACUACAGCAUCUCUAUUAGUAUACUAGGAGGUAGAAGGAGUAUUGAAAACUAAAUUGCAGUUGUCAAAAUAAAUUAACAAAGUACUUUUGGUGAUGUGACAUCCUUGCUUUUGUUGCCUGCUUCUUCACUGUUUUCAAAACUGUAAUUUGUAAAGGGUUUCUAAGGCAUUGCUGCAAAUUAUUGGGGUUCUACUGUAACUUUUGGAGUUUAUUCUGAAGUAUUCAUGUUCUCCUAUGAAAACUUUCCACCUGAACAGAUGCGUUAUAUUCCAUGCUUGACCAGCAUAUUUUUAUAGAAUUUGUACCAUGUCUAGUAACUGUUUGAAAUGAACCAGAAUAUUUGGAUGAAUUUACUCUGAAUUUUGCAGCAUUGGAUUACAUUAUUUGUGUAUAUUUGCUAACUAAAUUUUCUUGGCUUUGAGAGCUUUGAUUUUUAUUCUUUGUUUGCUUGUUUGAAUACCAUCACAAAUCACAGGGAAAAUCCUAAUACUCCUGGGAAUCCUUUUGGAAAUGUUAACAGGCAGGAAUAUGUUUAUGCAGUCGGUACCAGUACACAUGUGAACUUUCAAAUUGCAUGGUUGGUACUGAAGCAAAUGAAUAAUUUUACAGUUUCCUAGAGUUAAAUGUCUUACUAAAAUGAAGCCUUGUAACUUUGAAAGUUCAUUGGACUUAGGGUAAUGCAUGUUUAUGUUAGGCAUGUAAUGCAUUUAGCUGAAACUCACUUUGCAAAGGACAAGCACUAAGAAAGUGUUACUGCUAAUGAAAAGACAUGUCUAAUUUGAAAUUUUAAAUUCUGUUCAAGUUCAAUUUGCUUUGUGUCAGGGAAAUAAAUUUAUAGUUGCUUUUGCUCUAGUCAACAUACAAAACCUUCUGUUUCCUUUUUAAAAUUACAUCUUUUGGUGGGAAACACAAACUGAGGCAAGCAAACAUUUCUAAGAGUUGUUUCUUGCUGUCCUUAAUCCAAUGGAUGGAAAGGUAAUAUUGUGUAAACAACAUUAUUUUAUUUUUUUAUGCAAUAUCAUGCUGUAAAUAUGAUUUAUCAAAUAAGGAUGUACCUAUGAUUGAAUCUUUGAUUCUGCACAGCUAGAGUUUAUAUAUAAAUAUAAAUGUGUCUUGACAAUCAAGGACUUAUGUCAGUCUUCCUUUAUGACGUUUCUUAUUGUUAUGCAUUCCAUUUGUUUGACUUGAGUAUUUGUAUUGUCUGUAAAGUAUGUAAUGUUUUUAUAGCUUGUUUAAAAACAAACAGAAAAGCCUGUAAAUAUGAACUGAUCACAGUACUGCUCUGUUAGAAGGCAUAUGAUAAUGUACUGUUUGUAAGCAAUAAUACAUGACAGUGCUGACUUGACAAGUAGCAUAAGGAUAAGUUCCAAAAAUACCUUUGGGAGUUAAUAGCCUUGUUUGAGUUAAUGAAUAUUCUUAAUCAUUUUUUAAUAAAUAAAUUCAGAUGUCCUCCUGCUGGAAUAUAAACCAUUGUUUACAGAGCACAAUUUCAGUCACAGAGAGGACAGUCUUUAGCUCUAUGGCUUCGUCCACUUUGAGAAAGGAAUGGCUUGGCUGCACUUCUGCGAGACGAGGAAGACUGCUGAGGUUGAAUAGCUGUGUCUCUAAAGGAUCAGAGAUACUAUUCUGCUUCUGUGCUGAUUCCUGCCAGUUCCUCUACACAAAAUUGGAGUCUUUAAGUCCUGAUAUUGAACUGAUGAGACUUGGGCCACCCAUAGAAAGGAAUAGUUCUCUUCUUACUUCAUAUGCAGAUAAACAGUGAACUUUUGAGUCACCUCUUCCUUUGAGUUGCAUAUUUUUCAAAUUAUGAGCUAUGAGAUGGGUUUAUUCUGAUAAACUAGAUGUCAAACUUAUAGUUUGAAUUGAAUAGGUAUUAGACUGUACAGAGCAGCAUAUCAAUUUGAACAGUCAUCACUGCUUUAGAACCUCCCCCCCAAUUUAUAAAUGUAUAUGACCUACAUUUUAUAGAAAAAGAAAUGUUUUUAAAUGCUAGUCAUUUAUAUAAUAUGUGCUUUGAAGGAUUUGCUAGUCCACUUCUGUCACUUUUAGUACACUGGUAUCUUUUAUAUGUAAUGUAUGCUUUUUAUUAUUAUAAUUAUUAUUAUAAUUAUUAUUAUUGUAGACAUUUCAGUAGGAGGAAUUUUGCAACAGUAUGAGGGGUUGAAAUUUUCAUUGUCAGAAAUGAAUUAUACUGGACUUUGUCUGUGUAGUCUUGUCUUUCUUUAAAUACUGUCUGGAAGGGAACUUGGUAUUCAAUAAAGCAAGUGACUUCCUUUUAUUUUGAAGGCAUACUAUAUAGUGCUGAAUUGGAUCUGAAAAUAUAAUGGAUUUGAAGACAGAGAAAUUAGUACAAAACCUAGUGUACAGAAGAAAUUGUCUUAUGAAAAACCUGAUGAUAUAUAUAUAGUGAAACACUGGUACAGUGAAUUUCUGAUAUAGUGCUAUUUUCCUGGAGUCCAUAUGCCUUCUUUGUAUUUCAGUUAAUAAAAAAUAAGAUAAUUUGUAUAGAUAAAUUUAGGAUAAUAGGUUUAUUUCAAUCAUGAUACAGUAUUUCUUUAUCCUACAACAUCUAUUCCGUCCCUGUAUUAUCAGACAAAAGACCAUAGCCUGAAUUCCAUCAGUUGGAGUGUGUAUAUAUAGGUGAGAGAUGGUUUUAUAGGAACCUGGAAAGUAUGAAUUUACAUAUUCCUUAUGUUUCUGACAGAAAUCAGUGUGUGAGUCUUUCAUUAUUCCUGUGAAAUGAGGAAUUUCCUGAUACCAAGAAGAGAGUGAGAGUGUGUGUGUGUGUGUGUGUGUGUGUGUGUCUGAGUGCGAGUGCAGGUCUAUAGAAGAUGUUUGGGUCUUAAGGCCAAAAUGAUAAAAGUAUAAAAGGAUUUAAUGUAGCUCAACACAUGACUUAACAUUUAAUAUGUAAAAGAAACAUUUAAAUUUCAUAACUCACAAAAAGACAAAAAUAGUUUUGCAGGGAACAAAACUAUUUGGAUAGCAGGCUUGACCAAAUGAAUUUUUUUUGGUUAAACUUGAUAUAUUUUAAAUGAUUCUAUUUCUGCCUUUAUUUCUGCCCUAAAAGCAACUUAAAAUAUUUUGGGAGUUACUCUUCCUGUUCAUUUGACUGUGAGUGUAAUUUAUAUCAUGGUUUACAAAAUGUGGCAUGAAGGAUUGGAUUGUUUUAUCUGUAUAAUACAAUGAAAGUUUGCUUUUUUUUUUACAUAAUCAUGGUGAAUGGUAUUGUAUUCUUAGACUGAUUUAUUCAUUAAGUGACUUAAUGAGUUUCAUCACUUUUGACGUUAUUGUUUUCUUAUGGUUAACUUAGUCUUUUUGGGUUUAUAAUACCCUUCUAUGUAUUGUGAUACUAAGGGAAGUUAUGUUUUUGCUUUAUUUUUAAUUAAACUAAUAGUUUGAUAAUUUAUAUUUGCAAAUGAUGCAUUUUAAAUGUGGUCACUUGCUGUUUGAAAAAUAAAAAUAUAGAAUACUGUUUUAUGAAUAGACUUAGCAGUAUUUUUCAUGUUAGAUAAUUUCAAACAAAAUCUGCUUUCUUAAUGAGACAGAUGAAGGCAUGUAAAGAUACAUAUUGUGCAAGAACUGAAGUGGAUACUUUUCAACAAUUAAAUGAAAUAUUUAAGUAUUUGUUUUGAAACACAGAACUUAUUUGGGUUUUCUUCUC